CGUAUAAAGGACUGGUCAGUGGUCACCUUUCUCCCCGAAUCCGUUCUGUUCAUUCUCAUAACAGAACGAAGCAAAGAGAGAGUUCAGGAAAAUGUCGGACGAGGAACACCACUUCGAGUCAAAGGCCGACGCAGGGGCGUCAAAGACAUACCCUCAACAAGCUGGUACCAUUCGUAAGAAUGGAUAUAUUGUCAUCAAGAACAGGCCUUGCAAGGUUGUGGAAGUUUCCACUUCAAAGACAGGCAAGCAUGGACAUGCAAAGUGCCACUUUGUGGCAAUCGACAUAUUUAAUGGGAAGAAGCUUGAGGAUAUUGUUCCUUCGUCCCACAACUGUGAUGUUCCUCAUGUUUCUCGCACUGACUAUCAGUUGAUUGAUAUCUCUGAAGACGGUUUCGUGAGUCUUUUGAUGGAUAAUGGAGACACAAAGGAUGAUCUUAGGCUUCCCACCGAUGACAAUCUGCUCAGCCAGAUUAAAGAUGGGUUUGCUGAAGGAAAGGACCUUGUGUUGACCGUUAUGUCUGCAAUGGGAGAGGAGCAGAUCUGUGCACUUAAGGAUAUUGGCCCCAAAAAUUAAAUAUGAUGAUGCUGUAGCAGUAGCUAUGGCUGAUGGCAAAUGAAUACGUUUGCUUUUAUGUUUGACAGGGAUGAUAUCUUCUGGGUGUGCAAUAAGUUUCUAUACGAUAGGCAUUUGACGUUGUAUAAAUUAGCAUUUAGAUGUGCUUAAAAUCAUGUGAGGCUUGUGAAUGAGUGAAGAGAAAGGAGUUGGGGCUGCUGAUCCCUCAGACGAAAGGAACUCAAGUUUAAAUCAGGAUAGACUUUAUUAAAUAUAACUACUGUGUCAUGUUCUUGUUACUUC